AAGGGCCAAUCUGAACAAUCAUAGACUUCUUUUGGAACAGUAGGGAGAGGAGAGAUUAAAAAGAAAAGAUGGAAACUGGAUACUCUGAUCCUACCAGGUCAAGUGAAGCCAUUAGUCAUUUGCUUCUUGUACCACACCCAGCUCAAGGACAUGUUGCACCAUUUAUGAAACUAGCUUAUCGCCUUGCUGAUUGUCAAGUCAAGGUUACAUUAGUGACAACAGAGUUCAUAUAUGCACGAAUGAUGAAGUCGAUGAAACCGACAUUUGUUGCAGGCAUGCAAACUUUGCCAGAGAUGGGUGAAGAGCAGCAGUUAGUGAGAAUAAUCCCUUUCCCUGAUGGACUAGAACCGGAUGAUGUUCGCAGAGAUGCAGCUGCGAUGAGCCAGAGUAUCUACAGAGUCAUGCCGGGUUAUCUGGAGGACUUGAUUAAGACGGUCAAUCAACAGGAGGGUAAUCAGAAGAUCGCUUGUGUUGUUGCUGAUGUAAGUUGCGGAUGGGCUCUGGAAAUCGCUGCCAAGUUGGGACUAAAGGGAGCAGUUUUCUUUACAGCAUCACCAGGAAUUCUGCCCAUGACACUCCAAAUUUCGAAAUUUUUGGAGUCUGGCAUCAUCAAUACCGAUGGUACUCCAAGAAGGAAUGAGAAUAUUGAGCUGUCAGCAAAUCUUCCUCCUUUGAGCCCUGCUGAACUUUUCUGGAACUGUCCUGGAAACCCGUCUUUACAAAAUAGGAUGUUUGCAUUUGUACCUACUAUUUACCAAAUCUUGAAAUCAUGCAAGUGGGUGCUGUGCAACUGGUUUAAUGAACUUGAACCCUCAGUCACUGAUUUACUCCCAAAUAUUGUAACAAUCGGUCCCAUUCUGGCAAACGGGAAACCCAGUGGAAACUUUUGGUUGGAGGACUUUAGUUGCUUAAGCUGGUUGGACAGACAAACUCCUAAAUCAGUCAUUUAUGCAGCCUUUGGAAGCUCAUCGAUGUUCAGCCAGCACCAGCUCAACGAGCUAGCGCUAGGUCUGGAACUUACCGGUAAACCAUUUUUAUGGGUUGUUAGGCCAGAUCUUAUCGAUGGCAACUUUGCUGAGUUCCCAGAAGGGUUUACAGAGAGAGUAGCGAAUCGUGGAAAGAUAGUUGAAUGGGCACCGCAAGAACAGGUGUUGGCUCAUCCUUCAGUGGCCUGUUACUUGACACAUUGUGGAUGGAACUCGACGAUGGAAGGAUUAAGCAUGGGGGUACCCUUGUUAUGUUGGCCUUAUUUUGGUGAUCAGUUUUACAACAAGACUUGCAUAUGUGAAGGUUGGAAGAUUGGUUUGUGGUUAAAGGGUGAUGAAAAAGGAAUUGUGAGUAGGCAAGAGAUGAAGAAGAAGGUGGAUGAAUUGCUUUCCAGUGUUGUUAUAAGAGAAAACGUUUUGAAGAUGAAGGAAUUGGCUGAAAAGAGUGGCAGAGCAGGAGGAUCUUCUUCAAGAAAUUUGGAAGAAUUUGUCAAACAGAUUGUUUAAGGGAAGAAGGUGCAUUAUGGCAUUAAUUUUAGAACUUUAAGCAUUAAUAAGAACACAACUAAAGUUGCUUUGGUAAAAUGCAACAAUACUACAAGUAAAUAAAAGAAAAAUAAUUAUUUUA